AUGGCAGAUGACGAGGAUGUUUGCGUUGGUGCCGUCAAUGACGUGGAUAACAUGGGCGUUCGUAUCGGCGCCAUUUUUGUUAUAUUGGUAACGACGUCGCUAUUCACGCUGUUCCCUAUUGUGACGAAGCGUAUCCCGCGGCUGACUAUCCCGCAGUUCAUUUACGAUUUUGCCAAAUACUUUGGUAGUGGUGUCAUUAUCGCCACGGCCUUUAUUCAUUUACUUGAGCCGGCAGCAGAUGAACUAAGUCAGCCUUGCUUGGGCGAUGCGUUCCAGAAUUAUCCUAUGGCCUAUGGGUUUGCUCUAAUUUCCAUGAUGCUGCUGUUCAUUGUCGAAUUCUUCGCAUACCGUCUGGGCACUUUGUACUUGAAGAAGCAUGGCAUUGACACUCACGGACACCACCACGCUGCGGGUCACGGUGAUGCUAGUAUGCCCCAGGAGACAAUUGCUGCCGACGUCACCUACUCUGAAGACGAGGUUAUUAGGGACGAUAUCAAGCUGCAGAACGACGUCGAGGCCAACAAGCCCGACUCUGGUUUCUCGAAGGACGCGUCCGUGGCCUCCGAGGUUGUCGGUGUUAUGGUGCUUGAACUAGGUGUGGUCUUCCACUCGGUGAUUAUCGGUUUGACGCUGGCGACGAGCGAGUACCACGGCGAGGAUGACGAGUUUGUGGUGUUGUACCCAGUCAUUGUAUUCCACCAGCUGUUUGAAGGCUUGGGUCUUGGCUCGCGUUUGGCGUUCCUUCCCGCGCAAAUGGGCACUCUCUGGCCCUGCUUGUUGGCUAUGGGCUACUCAAUUUGCACGCCAAUUGGUAUGGCUAUCGGCCUGGGUGUGCGCCACACGUACACGACCGAUACGCCCACUGGCUACUAUGUCACGGGCGUCUUUGAUGCUGUCUCGGCGGGUAUUCUUAUCUAUACGGGUCUUGUGGAGCUCCUUGCCCACGACUUUGUUUUCAACCAAAAGAUGCACAAGGCACCAAUGUGGAAAGUGGCCAUCAGCAUUUUCGAGGUGUGCUUGGGUGCCGGUAUCAUGGCACUCCUCGGCCGCUGGGCAUGA